UUUCGAAUUUACAAAAGCGGAUUGGAGGGCCCUGUCUUGCUGCUUUUACACGGUGGAGGCCAUUCUGCUCUUUCCUGGGCUGUAUUUACCUCUGCGAUCAUUAACAGGAUUCAGUGUAGGAUCGUGGCUUUAGAUCUCCGAGGCCAUGGAGAAACAAAAGUUAGGAAUCCUGAAGAUCUGUCUGCGGAGACUAUGUCAAAAGACGUGGGAAACGUGGUCGAAGCUCUGUACGGGGACCUCCCACCCCCCAUCAUGCUGAUCGGGCACAGCAUGGGGGGAGCCAUCGCGGUGCACACGGCGGUCGCAAAUUUGGUGCCGAGUUUGCUGGGUCUGUGCAUGAUCGACGUGGUGGAAGGUACGGCCAUGGACGCGUUAAACAGCAUGCAGAACUUCUUGAGGAGUCGUCCCAAAACGUUCAAGUCACUUGAGAAUGCCAUCGAGUGGAGUGUAAAAAGUGGACAAAUAAGAAAUCUUGAGUCUGCCAGAGUUUCUAUGGUCGGUCAAGUCAAACAGUGUGAAGGGGCUGCCAGUCCUGAAUGUCCUAAAGCCAUAGUAGAGGGUAUUAUUGAAGAAGAAGAGGAGGAAGAAGAGGAUGAGGAAGGGGGAGGCUCUGUCAACAAAAGAAAGAAAGAAGAUGACACAGAGACAAAGAAGGAGCACUUAUACACGUGGCGAAUUGAACUGUCGAAAACGGAAAAGUACUGGGAUGGCUGGUUCAGGGGUUUGUCUAACCUCUUCCUAAGCUGUCCAACGCCAAAGCUGUUGCUUUUAGCUG